ACUCAGGGAAACACAAUUCACACUCUACAGUUCCGCAUUGUGGUUAUUGUGCAGUCAUUUACAGCCAAUACAAGAUCGAUCAGAUGGAGUAGAUGAACACGUUUGUAUGUUUGAAAAGCUUGUUGUCAUAAGCACAAAUUACUACGUUACCUUUUACUGUGAAGUGAUGGUCAGGCUGUGAAUUAGAAAUGAUGGAGAACAUUGAGGAAACGCCGUUUCGGAUCACCCCUACCGUCCAAGCUCUGGGCUUUGCUCUACGGGGAGAACCUGCAAAUGUUUCCGGUGCUGACGGUUUAGGUAGCGGGGACAGAGUCUCAAGUGAGCCGGAGAAGCUUUGGUUCAAAGAAAGCAGUGCUAAGAAUCUCAGAAACAGGGACUUCUUGUCGCCCACCACGGUUCUGACUACGCUUUAUGCUGACGGACAGGUUCCCCCAGCAGUGAUGGGUAGAGUGCUGUCCUUAAGAGGGAGCGGUGUUCUCCCUCUGGCUGAAGGGGAGGUCAUGGCAGAUGGACUGAGAGUGCGGGUUGACCGGACUGCUACAUUUCAGAAGGUCCUGAGUGGAGCCUCGUUGUAUUUGAAACCUCCUAGCCAGAGACAGGGGUGUGUUGUGCUCAACUGCCCCGCCCUGCACCCCAAACCCAAUUUGCCCUCCCCCGACACACUCACACUUGGACAGCUCCGGACUGUGCUGCUGACUGAUCAUUUAGGGGCCCUGCUGAGAAGACAGGGGUUUACUGUGUCCUGCUGCCCUGUGCUGCCUGAAGAAAGUGACAUAAUCGCAUUCCUCCGAAUGCUUGGUGUUGAUUGGCCGACAGUCCCAGUAAAUUGGACCAAUGAUGAAAGGGAAGAGAAGAUGUUGGAUGCCUUACAGAAUUCCCGGUACAGAGAGCGAGAGGAGAACGAGGCAAGGAGCAGAGAAGGUGAAGGGAAGAAGAUGGAGGGAGAGAAAGAAGAGGUGUUGCUCAGGGUGAACUUGAAGAGGGUGUUUCAGGAAGAGCAGCUGUCAGGGUAUGACCCCAGCCUGGGCACGUGUACAGUGCUGAGGGACAGUGUGUCUCAUCUGGCCCAGUUGGACAGUGCCACUGCUGGCUGUACAGCCUCCAUGGUAACCGCAGUACAUGUCACAUCCUGUCAGGACGAGUUCCGUCAGCAGCAGAUAGCGAUGCUCUGGAGAGCCAGUGGAGCAACAGUGGUGCAGAGGCAUUUAGUUUGUGGACCAGUGAAGACUCCUGCUACUCACCUCAGUGCGGCCCAGUACCUUCAACUCAGAAGAGUACAGAUGAAGGAGGCCUCAGAGAUGAAGUACGGAGAACAAGUGGAAGGCCAGACUUGGGAUGACAUCAUCAAGGCCAUGACCUCAGCCACGGUGAGGUUUGAGUUGCUGUCAACAGUGCAUACUAGCCCGGUCACACUGGAUGUCCACAGGGAAGGCAGCGUGUCAACUAAGGGCCCCAGAGGCGGAGUCUUCGUCAUGUACAACUGUGCUCGGCUGCACACCCUCUUUGAUAGCUACGAACGAGGCGUGGAGAAGGGACUUUACCCAGAAAUCCCAGAGAGCUCUCAGUUGGACUUCUCAUCCCUUAAAGAAGAGGGGGAGUGGCUGCUUCUAUUCAAUUACCUUAUUCCAUUUUCUGAGCUUUUCGACCAAUCGGGACAGACGUUGGAGUGUGAUGGAGGUGGGGCCAGAGUCAACCUAAAGACUGAACAGGUCUGCAAGUUCUUGGUGUCCCUCAGUAAGGAUUUUAGCUCCUAUUACAACAGAGUCCAUGUCCUUGGGGAACCACUGCCACACCUCUUCAAUCAGAUGUUUUGUCGGCUCCAGUUGUUAAGAGCACUGAGAGAGCUCUACCAUAGCGCCCUGGACACACUGAACCUUCCUCCCAUUCGACAGUUAUAGCUUCAGAUACUGCAGCUGUAGCCAGAAAGAUAGCUCUAACAACUGUCCCAAAUCCAGCCCCAAAACCUGUCCCAAAUCCAGCCCCAAAACCUGUCCCAAAUCCAGCCCCAAAACCUGUCCCAAAUCCAGCC